GUUGGGGGUGUUGGUGGGGGUGGAGGGAAAUGAUUUGUUUGUUCAUUUUUCUUGGUGGUUUUUUUUGCCUUUUUACAGUAUCUGAUAAUUUGAUCACACAAAUCAAUGAUCUUUAACACAUUUGUUAGGAAAAAAAUUGCUUUUUUCCUAUGAUUCAAAAAGUUAGAGCUCCAAAAAACUGCUUGUCCUUUUGCAGAAAGCAAUGAUUUUUAGCUCAUUUCUUUAAAUGGGGUUGUUCUCUUGUAUCUUUUCUGGUUUCUAACUGAUAGAUAAAUUGGUAAAGUUUUGAAAGUACAAGAAAUUUUUUUGUAGUGUUUGUGGUGAUGGGUGAGAAAAUGCAAAACCACCACAUGGUAGCUGUGAAGGUGAAUGAGCAAUUUGACUCAAAGAGAAAGCACAGAUUUGUGCCUUCUCAGUUUUUGCUUCCAAAACUUUUUGCUUUUUGGAUUAUUUGUUGUAUGGUUUUUAGCAUUUGUGUGUACUUUUCUAUGGAUGCUAAUCAGAAGGAGAAAAGAAAAGAAGGGUUAGUGAGUAUGUGUGAUCAAAGGGCAAGAAUGUUACAAGAUCAAUUCAGUGUUAGUGUUAACCAUGUUCAUGCCCUUGCCAUUCUUGUCUCGACUUUCCAUUAUGAGAAGAAUCCAUCUGCAAUUGAUCAGAAAACCUUUGCUGAGUACACUGCUAGAACAGCAUUUGAGAGGCCACUAUUAAGUGGGGUGGCGUAUGCAGAGAGAGUUUUACAUUCAGAGAGGGAAGAAUUUGAGAGACAACAUGGAUGGACUAUUAAAACAAUGGAAAGAGAGGCUUCACCUAUCAGAGAUGAGUAUUCUCCAGUUAUAUUUUCUCAAGAAACUGUGUCCUACAUAGAAUCACUUGACAUGAUGUCAGGAGAGGAGGACCGUGAAAAUAUCAUGAGAGCUAGGGCCAGUGGGAAGGCAGUUCUUACUAGUCCCUUCCGGCUUCUGGGUUCUCAUCACCUUGGUGUUGUUUUGACAUUCCCUGUUUACAAAUCCAAGCUUCCGCAAAACCCGACUGAGCAUGAACGGGUUGAAGCCACUGCAGGGUAUCUUGGUGGAGCCUUUGAUGUUGAGUCUCUCGUUGAGUGUCUACUUGGGCAACUUGCUGCAAAUCAUCCGAUUAUUGUAAAUGUCUAUGAUGUUACAAACUCUUCUGAUCCUUUAAUCAUGUACGGACACCAGAACCCAAAUGGUGAUCCCACACUAAAGCAUGUUAGCAAGCUUGAUUUCGGUGAUCCAUUUCGUAAGCAUGAGAUGAUUUGUAGGUAUCUUCAUGAGGCUCCUAUAUCUCGGGGAGCAGUGACCACUGCAGUAUUUAUUUUUAUCAUCUUCCUCUUAAUUGGCUACACGGGUUACAAAUCCGCAAGCCACAUUAAUAAAGUAGAGGAUGAUUUUCAUAAAAUGCAGGAACUAAAGGUUCAAGCUGAAGCAGCUGAUGUUGCCAAAUCCCAGUUCUUGGCUACUGUUUCACAUGAAAUAAGAACUCCUAUGAAUGGGAUCCUAGGAAUGCUUGCUCUGCUCCUAGAUACAAAUCUGAAUUCAACUCAAAGAGAUUAUGCUCAAACUGCUCAGGCUUGUGGAAAAUCACUGAUAACAUUGAUAAAUGAAGUGCUUGAUCGGGCCAAAAUUGAAGCUGGCAAGUUAGAACUUGAGGCAGUUCCAUUUGACCUUCGCUCGAUAAUAGAUGAUGUUCUAUCUUUAUUCUCUGAUGAGUCCAGGCGCAAAGGUGUUGAGUUGGCCGUCUUUGUUUCUGAUAAAGUGCCUGAAAUUGUUUUGGGGGAUCCUGGAAGAUUCAGACAAGUGAUAACAAAUCUGGUCGGCAAUUCGGUCAAAUUCACUGAACAAGGUCAUAUAUUUGUUCAAGUUCAUCUGGCUGAACAAACAAAAGAUGGUGGGAAAAAGGAUACCUGCUUGGAUGGAUUAUCUGAAAAUGUAAUUUCUUCUAGUGGUUAUCAUUAUGAAACCUUAAGUGGUUAUGAAGUUGCUGACAGCCAGAAUACUUGGGACACCUACAAGCAUAUAGUUGCUAGCAAUGGUUCGCAUUAUGAAUCUGCAAGUAAGGUGGCCAAUGAUGAUCACUCUCAGAGUGUCACUCUAAUGUUUUGUGUUGAGGAUACGGGGAUUGGGAUCCCUUUGAAAGCACAAGAUCGAGUUUUCACGCCAUUUAUGCAGGCAGACAGUUCAACCUCUAGAAACUAUGGAGGAACGGGUAUUGGAUUAAGCAUUAGCAAGUGUCUCGUCGAGCUGAUGGGUGGUCAAAUAAGUUUCAUUAGCCGUCCUCAGAUUGGAAGCACAUUUUCUUUCACUGUUAACUUCCUAAGAUGUGAGAAAUAUUCUGUUGGCGAUCUGAAAAAACCUCAUUAUGAUGAAUUGCCUACUUCAUUUAAAGGACUAAAUGCUAUUGUUGUUGAUGGAAAGCCUGUAAGAGCCGCUGUAACAGGAUACCAUCUGAAAAGACUUGGUAUUCGGGCGGAAGUUGUCAGUAGCAUCAAGAAAGUAGCUGCCGCUCUUGGGAGAAACGGUUCUUUUGUUUCCAAUGACAGGAAGCUGGACAUGAUUUUGGUCGAGAAGGACUUGUGGAUAUCUGAAGAUGUUGACUUAAAUUCACACUUGCCAUGCAUCAAACCAAAUGGACACGUGUACAAGUCACCAAAGAUGAUCCUCCUGGCGACUAGUAUCACCAACACUGAAGAUGAAAAGGCUAAAGCAGUAGGUUUUGCGGUGAUAAUGAAACCUCUUAGAGCAAGUAUGAUGGCUGCAUGCCUUAAGCAGCUAAUUGGAAUGGGCAACAAGAGCCAGGGAAAAGAUAUGUGCAAUGGAUCUUCCCUUCGUGGCCUAUUGUGUGGUAAGAAAAUUUUGGUGGUAGAUGAUAAUAGAGUAAAUCGCAGAGUUGCUGCUGGUGCGCUCAAAAAAUUUGGGGCUGACGUAGAGUGUGCUGAAAGUGGGAAAGCUGCUCUUUCAUUGCUUCAGUUACCACACAAUUUUGAUGCUUGCUUUAUGGAUAUUCAGAUGCCAGAAAUGGAUGGGUUUGAGGCUACACGUCGAAUUCGGGAUCUAGAGGGCGCUGCAAAUGAACAGCUGAAUGGAGGAUUGAACUGUGAUGAAGCUACAAAAGGGCACAGGUGGCACAUGCCAAUAUUAGCCAUGACCGCCGAUGUAAUUCAUGCCACAUUAGAGAAAUGCCUCAAGUGUGGGAUGGAUGGUUACGUCUCAAAACCAUUUGAGGAAGAGAAUCUUUAUCAAGCUGUAUCCAAAUUCUUUGAAUCCAAGCCUAACUCGGACCAGUAGCUAAAUUACGAUUACUCCAAGUCCAGCACCUCUCAAUCGGCUGAAAUGAACCACCAGCAAAUUUUCAGCAUUCUGCUGGUGCAUUCUUGUUGACUUCUUAUGGAUGUAGGGGUCCUGAAGGUCCUUCUUAUUAGCCGAUCACACGUUUAUAUAACUAGCUUCUAACCUAUAUUAGACCUUGACAUGAUUAGCUUCUUAAGUAUAUGUUGUUGUAUAUUGCAAUAGAUCUUCAAUCCCCUCCUUGUAUGUACAUUUAGAUGGGAAGGAUAGGUCAAAGUUGUAUAAUCUUGAUAGCUUUCUAUGGUUUCCUUUUGACAUUUCCGACCGAGAAGUACCAAUUCAUCAACUUAUGUAGUAACUAUUUUCGUGUAAA